CGACUAUGAUAUUUUUUGGGCAUUUCUAAUAAUAUCCAGUCUUAUUCCUAUUUUGGCAUUUCUAAUUUCUGGAAUUUUAGCCCCGAUUAGCAAAGGGCCCGAAAAACUUUCUAGUUAUGAAUCGGGAAUAGAACCAAUGGGUGAUGCUUGGUUACAAUUUCGAAUCCGUUAUUAUAUGUUUGCUCUAGUUUUUGUUGUUUUUGAUGUUGAAACGGUUUUUCUUUAUCCCUGGGCAAUAGGUUUUGAUAUAUUGGGGAUAUCCGUAUUUAUAGAAGCUUUAAUUUUCGUGCUUAUCCUAAUUGUUGGUUCAGUUUAUGCAUGGCGAAAAGGGGCAUUAGAAUGGUCUUAAUUCUUGAAUAUUUAGAUAAUAAAAAAAAAACAUUUAGACAGUUAUGAAUUCCAUUGAGUUUCCCUUACUUGAUCGAACAACCCAAAAUUCAGUUAUUUCAACUACAUUAAAUGAUCUUUCAAAUUGGUCAAGACUAUCCAGUUUAUGGCCGCUUCUCUAUGGUACCAGUUGUUGCUUCAUUGAAUUUGCUUCAUUAAUAGGAUCACGAUUCGACUUUGAUCGUUAUGGACUGGUACCGCGAUCUAGUCCUAGGCAGGCAGACCUUAUUUUAACAGCGGGCACAGUAACUAUGAAAAUGGCUCCUUCUUUAGUUAGAUUAUAUGAGCAAAUGCCCGAACCAAAAUAUGUUAUUGCUAUGGGAGCCUGUACAAUUACAGGGGGUAUGUUCAGUACCGAUUCUUAUAGUACUGUUCGGGGAGUUGAUAAGCUAAUUCCCGUGGAUGUCUAUGUGCCAGGCUGUCCACCUAAACCAGAGGCCAUUAUAGAUGCUAUAACAAAACUUCGUAAGAAAAUAUCUCGAGAAAUCGAUGAAGAUCAUAUUAGGUCUCAACAAGAAAAUAGGUCACCAGGAGGACUGUUAGCUAGUGUGUAUCAUCUUACAAGAAUAGAGUCUGGGAUAGAUCAACCGGAAGAGGUAUGCAUAAAAGUAUAUGUACCAAGGAAAAAUCCCCGAAUUCCUUCUAUUUUCUGGGUUUGGAAAAGUGCGGAUUUUCAAGAGAGGGAAUCUUAUGAUAUGUUAGGAAUCUCUUAUGAAAAUCAUCCGCGUCUGAAACGUAUUUUAAUGCCCGAAAAUUGGAUAGGAUGGCCUUUGCGUAAAGAUUAUAUCGCCCCCAAUUUUUAUGAAAUACAAGAUGCUUACUAAAUGAUAAAAAUACAAAAACAAAUCUGGCAUUUCGACAACCAAAAAGAAAAAUAUUCAAGGAAUAUCCAUUCAUUCUCUUAGAGACCAAAAAAGUAAUUGAAGUUCAAUCAGCCAGAAUAAAAGAAUAAUGGAAGUCCCAUUCCCAUAUAGGGAUUGGAUAGAUAACAAAAUUCACAACAAUAAUGUGGGUGGGUAUUGCAAAAAAGAUUUGGGUAAGGAUUCAUUGAGAUUGUAAAUUUUGAACAAUACUUUUUUCGUAUGAGCCAAGCCAAUAGGAUGAACUGAAAAAGUUCUGCAUCAUGAACUAUGUAACGUUCACAUCAAUAUCUAUUCUAUUAUAUUGCCGCGAAAAAGAAAGUAACAUGAAAGCAAAGG